AUGCUGUUCGACAAGGUGAAGGCAUUCGUGGUGCUACUGGAUGGUGCUGGCGCGGGCUCUGAGCCCGUGUUCAGCGGCGGCCAGGCGGUGGCCGGCAGAGUGCUUCUGGAGCUAGCGGGCCCAGCACGAGUGAGCUCCCUGAAGUUGCGCGCGCGGGGUCGCGCCCAUGUGCACUGGACCGAGUCGCGCAGCGCGGGCUCGAGCACGGCGUACACGCAGAGCUACAGCGAACGCGUGGAGGUUGUGAGCCACCGUGCCACGCUGCUCGCGCCAGGCACUGGAGAGACCACAACGCUGCCUCCGGGGCGUCAUGAAUUCCCAUUCAGCUUCCAGCUGCCACCGACGCUAGUGACUUCCUUUGAAGGCAAACACGGCAGUGUCAGAUACUGCAUCAAAGCCACCCUCCACCGGCCCUGGGUCCCUGCCCGUCGGACGAGGAAGGUGUUUACUGUCAUUGAGCCUGUGGACAUCAACACACCGGCUCUCCUGGCCCCUCAAGCCGGAGCUCGGGAAAAGAUCGCCCGAUCCUGGUACAGUAACCACGGCCUUGUCUCCCUCUCAGCCAAGAUCGACCGCAAGGGCUACACUCCAGGUGAAGUGAUCCCUGUCUUCGCUGAGAUCGACAACGGCUCCACGCGCCCCGUGCUGCCUCGGGCAGCCGUGGUCCAGACCCAGACCUUCAUGGCACGAGGUGCCCGCAAACAGAAGCGAACCGUGGUGGCUAGUCUCUCGGGGGAGCCUGUGGGCCCCGGGCGGCGGGCACUGUGGCAGGGCCGGGCUCUGCGGAUCCCUCCUGUGGGUCCUUCCAUCUUGCACUGUCGCGUGUUACACGUGGACUACGCCCUCAAGGUCUGCGUGGACAUCCCGGGCUCAUCCAAGCUGCUCUUGGAGCUCCCACUGGUCAUCGGCACCAUCCCCCUGCACCCUUUCGGCAGCCGCUCAUCCAGCGUGGGCAGCCAUGCCAGCUUCCUGAUGGACUGGGGGCUGGGGGUCCUGCCAGAGCGUCCUGAAGCCCCUCCCGAGUACUCCGAAGUGGUGCCCGACGAGGAGGUGGCAGCCAUGGAGCAGAGCCUCUUGCCACUACUGCAGGACCCUGACGUGAGCAUGGAAGGCCCCUUCUUUGCCUACAUCCAGGAGUUCCGCUACCGCCCACCGCCCCUGUACUCCGAGGAGGAUCCAAACCCACCCUCUGAGGCCAGGAGGCCCCGCUGCAUGACCUGCUGAGUGUCAAGUGGAAACGUCAAAGAAUAAGGUGUUUACACAUGCUUCCAGCCACCACGGACAUAGCAAGGAGUGGCUGGAUGAAGAACAGACUGGGCUGACUACAUUGAAGUUGGGGAAACUGAGUCUCAGAACAAAACAGGGCCAUUCCAACAUCACACAGAGGAAGAGCCAGUCUGGAGUCUUGACAUAUCUGGACUGGCCCUCAUAAGGUACCAGAUACCCACAGUAGGAUCUGAAAAACCAUUCAACCUGUCUGUGUUGGCCUGUGUUCCCUCAGAAGCCUCCAGUCUGGGAGCUACAGAACCAGACAUAAAUACUUCCAGACCCACAGGACCAAAGGAAAGGACCCAGAGCUGGGAGAGUCCAGAGAGGGAGUGGAGAAGGCUUCCUGGGGAAAGGGCAUUUUAGCUAAGGCUUUGAUGUGUGAAUAAGAGCUUGGUAGGCAGGUAAGCAAGAGGAAAAGUCGAAGAAGGUCCGAGCUGACUGAUGUUUGGAGACCGUCCCCUUCAUUUUUGGAGUGGGGUUCAGAGAGCAAAUGCCUCAGUCGAGGCCAUACUGCAAGGUCCGGGAGGAAAGAGGGCCCAGGAAUGAGGCAUUCAGGAAAGCAGGUCAUCAGGGCUGUGUGGGGCUGAAGGGUGGCAGGUGCAGCAACUCCAGCCUUAAAACCUUUGACAACCAGAGACUCCUGCCCCAGACUGGAGUGCCUGGGCCCCUCCUCACGCUCCAGGACAUGAGCACUGCCUGGGUACUGCCUGGCCUGAAAAACACAGGUUCGAAGGAGGACAGACAAGACCGGCUACAUAACUUGCAGAAUGAAAACGUGGGGCUACUUGUUCAGGAAUUGAGAAUUUCAAGACAGGGACAGCAGAGCAUUAAACCAGGCUAUGGGGACAGAGGUCAGCCUGGGGGGCAGAGAAGGGCCACAGUAUGCUUCUGAACACCCCCUGUGUCCCAGAGGGACAAUAUGAUGGGGCAGCUGGACAAGCCUCCAAGUGCAGAGACCCGGCUGAGGCAGGGCCCCCGCCUGGGACUCCACCUUUCUGAUAAGCCUUAAGUUGUUCUCUUUUGUACAUUUUUUAAAAAAAUAAAAAUCACAGAGGA